AAAACUUCACAGACGAUCAUAUCUCUACACGUGACCAAAACAAAAAAGAUGGCGAAUGACAGCAGAGGAUGUAGAUUGCUUUCCGAUUUAAAUAGUGCAUUUAGACGAGAUCCUGAAAUAGAUGAAUAUGACUUUCUGCCAGUCCCAGAGCCCAAACACAAUAGAAGUCCACUGGUCUUGCAGGAACACAAGUUGGGAAUCGAGUCGUGGAGCGUGAAGAUUUUAUUCCAGUAUGCUUAUAACCAACUCAUUAGCUGGAGGAAUAACUCCCCACCCACCAAGUUCUUGGAUCCUACUGAACUAUGCAGUUUAACCCGAGCCAUUUUGUUGGUGAAUGCAGACUGUUCUACUGCAUGGAAUACAAGAAAGGAGCUGGUAGACAAUGGAGACCUUUCUGUGACAGAGGACCUCAAGUUUGGAGGCCUUGUUCUCAAGAAACACCCCAAGAGUCCAGAAACAUUUUCUCAUAGGAAGUGGCUGCUCCAUCGAUUCAUUGACAACUGUUUAGCCUCCAGCAUUGGAAGCAAUACAAGCUCAGGGAGCAAUGCCUGUGAUAGAUUUGUCAACAUGGAAGCCAUUGAUCUUAACAUGGACGCCUCAUUCAAUGGACCAAAUUUUGACAAUGCCCCUGAUCUUAUCAAUCAGCCUGAUUAUAACGAACUCAUGAGAAAGGAAAUGAAUGUGUGCAAAAACGCUGCAGAUAAUCAUCCGUGUAAUUAUAACGCAUGGAGUCACAGAAUCUGGGUGUUACAGCAUUGUUUUAAUUGUUCAUUACAGGUAGUGUAUGGAGAGCUUCAUUCUACAGAAGGAUGGGUCACCAAACACAUCUCAGACCACAGUGGCUUUCAUUACAGACAGUUCUUGUUGAAGUGCUUAUCCCAGCAGGCUGAGAAACUCUCAGAACAGUUCUUACUGAAUUACAGAAACAUUGUACAGAAGGAGAUGUACCUCAUCACGGAUCUGAUAAAAUCUUAUCCAGGUCACGAGGCACUGUGGUAUCACAGGAGAUAUGUUUUCCAAUCCUUGUGUGAGUCAUGUGACAAAAUUGCCAUGGAAACCAUUCAACCCUGUGAAAAGUCUCAAGAAAACCAACAAAAGAAAACUAAACUUGAAAAUGAAAGACAGGUGUUGCUAAUGAAAGAAGUGGACUCUGUAUCCAACGGUGACCUUACCGGACGAGAAAAAUACAACCAGCAGUUAGCUCAGAAGUACUUGGACUGGAUCCAGAAGUACUGCCGGAGAUGAUAUUUUGAGUUGUGGACUAUAAGUGUAUGCAUGCAUACUUUGUCUCCUUCUUUGCAUUUCAAUAGACACUUACUAUUUUUGUCAUAAAAUUCCAGUAAAAUAUCAAUUGAAAGUAAUUGUUAAUCAAAUACCAGUUAUAAUGAACCAAGUUUAUUUCUGUAUUUUG